GCCCAGUUUCGAUGGAGAAUGGAAGAUGACCUACGAAUUCCCCCAAGCGUUCGACGGGAUCGACAUUGACGCGUGGCUCGUCGCUUCUCUUUCGCCAAUUAAUUUCCGUCGAGAUGGAUCGGAUGAGACCGUCCUACGUCAGGCAACAGAGCAACCCUGGGACGCCGGGGGGGGGAGCGUCCCCGACUGCAUCGCCAUUUCACAGACAUGCACGGUCAGGCUCCACUGGGGGGAAUAUGAAGAAGGCACAGACAAAAGCCGCCGCCCAGAGGCUGGCCCAGGUGAUGGCGCAUCAGCUUGGCGACGACGACGACGACGAGGAUGAUGACCUCUCGUAUGAAUAUAAUCCGGUCAGUGGCAGUGGAAGCAUCGGGCUGGCCGGCGGACGUGCUAUACGGCCUCGCUCACCUCUGUCAGUUCGUUCCCAUCAAGAGCAAGCACAUUCAGCACGUUCUUCAGCAAUUGGGCGACCUUUGCAACCUAUGAACUCUGUCGAUCAACCAUCAUUGGCUUGCAUAUCCACUCCUACUCGGUCAUCUCAUUCUGCUGCUGCUGAACAAUCUCAACCAAGUCGCACAGUGGGGGUUGGCAGGUCGCCUCAGCAAGUUAACACAGAACAACCAUCAUUGGCUCGUAUAUCAACUCCAACUCGAUCAUUUCCUUCUGCUGCUGCCGAACAAUCUCAACCUACUCGUUCCGUGGUGGUGGGCAGGUUGCCUCAGUCAGCUAACACAGAACAACCAUUGUCGGCUCGUAUAUCAACUCCAACUCAAUCAUUACAUUCUGCUGCUGUGGAACAAUCUCAUCCUACUCGUUCGGUGGUGGUGGGCAGGUCAUCUCUGUCAGCUAACCCAGAACAACCUCCAUCCGCCCGUUCAACAUCAGGUAGCCGUCCAUAUUUAGGAGUUAAAACAGUGCCUUUGGUGCCUGCUAGUGUCCCGAUAUCUCUUAAGCCACCCUCCGCUGCCAUUCUGACUGAGACUCCAGUUGAACAUCGUAGAGACAAAAGCAGAAUGUCUUUGGAUUGGGAUAAUGUGAGCACAAAAGAGACUAGCAGUCAGCGAUCUGCUUCUGCUUUACAAGAUGAGCUUGAUAUGCUACAAGAAGAGAAUGACAGCUUACUUGAAAAGCUUCAACUUGCAGAAGAGAGGUGUGACGAAGCAGAGGCUAAAGCUCAGCAGCUUGAGAAGCAGAUUUCUUCUCUAGGCGAAGGUGUUACUUUGGAAGCUCGUCUUUUGAGCAGAAAGGAAGCAGCCUUGCGGCAAAGGGAGGCUGCUCUAAGAGUUGCGGGACAAACUCAUGGAGAGAAUACAGAAGAGGUCGCUGCUCUUCAAAUUGAAGCUGAGAUAGCAAGGGAUGAGGCAACAUCUGCAUGGGAAAAGCUUCAUGAAGUUCACACAAUGACUCAGAGGACCAUACUGACCCAAGAAGAAAUGGAGGAGGUGGUCCUAAAGAGAUCUUGGCUUGCUCGGUACUGGGGUCUAUGUAUUAAAUACGGUAUUCAUGCAGAAAUCGCUGAAGCAAAGUAUGAACACUGGUCAUCCUUUGCCCCUUGUCCCGUGGAAGUUGUGCUAGCUGCGGGGCAAAAAGCUAAAGAAGAGAAUUCGUACAUGUACGACGAUAUGAAUGAAAGAGACAGAUUUCUUCGAGAUAAAAACGAGCACUCUGGAGAGCUGAAUAUUGAGAGCUUGCUUUUAGUUGAGAAAGGUUUGCGGGAACUAGCUUCAUUGAAGGUAGAGGACGCGAUAUUGCUUGCAAUGGCACAGCACCGACGUAAAAACAUUCUCAAAGCUAGCGAUCCAGAUGACUUGAAGUUGCCAAUUGAGGGACAGACAGAAGUAUUUGAAGCAACUAUACAUGCAGAAUUGAGCAAAGAGGAAUCUGAAGAUGUGCUUUUCAAGCAGGCAUGGCUGACAUACUUCUGGAGAAGAGCAAAAAACCAUGGGCUGGAGAUAGAUGUAGCAGAUGAGCGCCUGCAAGUCCUUAUCAACCAAAGCACUCGGUCACCUACUUCGCAUGACGCAGUUGAUGUCGAGCGAGCUCUCGUUGAGCUAAGGAAGCUCGGCAUCGAGGACCAGCUGUGGGAAGAUUCGCGCAAAGGAUUCGCGCCAGACAACAGCAAUGUCAGGCAAGAAAAUGACUUCUGACGUUCUACUGCCUACGAAUCCUCUCUUCUACGCACGUCCCCCAUCAAAAGACAUCAAGAAGUCAUCGAUCAAAUCUAGUUUGAUCUUUGAGAAAGAGUCAGUAUCUCUUCCAUUUUCCUUGUAUAGAUCCCCAUUUUGUAUCUCGGACAAUUCCAAGUGAACUUACUAUAAAUUUAUUGAACAUCACACAAGAUGUUAGACAUAUCACGUUCUCAGGUUCGUGUCGAUUUAUCGUGCGAGUUGGACACGCUUUUUUGGACAUUUAACCUUGCUACCUAGUCGGAGCAUAACAAACCAGACAUGCAUUUCCACUUUUCAUUUUCAA